AUGGAGGCGUACGAAACUUAUCAGACUCCUCUUUCCAGCCGAUAUGCCAGCAAGGAAAUGGCUCAUCUCUUCUCCCCGGCUCAUCGGUUCAAAACAUGGAGAGAGCUAUGGCUCAAUCUUGCGAUUGCUGAAAAGCAGCUCGGACUUCCUAUCCCAGAUGAGGCACUCGAACAGAUGAAGAGCAAUUUGGACCUUACUCCAGAGCAAUUUGAUAUCGCUGCGAAGGAGGAAAAGAAGCGGCGCCACGAUGUCAUGGCGCAUGUUCAUACGUUCGGACAAGUUGCACCUGCUGCCGCAGGUAUUAUCCACCUCGGUGCAACGUCGUGCUAUGUGACAGAUAAUGCGGACUUGAUUUUCAUUCGCACUGGCUUGACAUUCCUCCUUAAAUCACUUGCUGUUGUAAUCUCACGACUCUCGGCUUUUGCUGCGCAAUAUAGGGCACUGCCUACGCUUGGAUUCACGCAUUUCCAACCAGCCCAGCUUACAACUGUGGGCAAACGCGCUACUCUGUGGAUCCAGGAGCUUCUAUGGGAUUUAAGGAACAUAAAACGGGCACGUAAUGACAUCGGAUUCCGUGGGGUCAAAGGCACCACCGGGACACAAGCAAGCUUCUUGACAUUAUUUGACGGCGACCACGACAAGGUCGAAGAGCUGGACGAACUUGUGACAAAACUCAGCGGGUUCGACUAUGCGUAUCCUGUUACCUCGCAGACAUAUUCGAGGAAAAUAGAUAUCGACGUCCUUGCCCCUCUCGCGUCCCUCGGCGCCACAGCGCACAAGAUCGCGACAGAUCUGCGGUUGCUAGCGAACCUCAAGGAAGUGGAAGAGCCCUUCGAGUCAACGCAGAUAGGGUCUUCCGCAAUGGCGUACAAGCGGAACCCGAUGCGCUCAGGAGCGCGUGUUGUACAAUGGUUUGAGCGGACACUCGAUGACAGUGCAAACCGAAGGAUAACUCUUCCUGAGGCAUUCCUGACGGCCGAUAUAGUUCUCUCGACGCUACAAAACGUUUGUGAGGGCCUUGUUGUGUACCCAAGGGUUAUCGCGCGUCGGAUCGCACAAGAACUUCCAUUCAUGGCGACUGAAAAUAUUAUCAUGUCUAUCGUCAAGAAGGGGGGCGAUAGGCAAGAAGCUCAUGAGAAAAUCAGAGUCCUCUCCCACGAAGCAGCACACCAAGUGAAGAACCUCGGUCUCGAGAAUGAUCUCAUCGCACGUGUGCGAAACGACCCAUAUUUUAGUCCUAUCCAUGAGGAACUAGAGCAACUGUUGGAACCGCAAACCUUUAUCGGGCGCGCACCAGAGCAGGUAGACAAGUUCCUGAAGGAGUGGGUUCAGCCAGCAUUAGAUGAGGAGGAGCUGAAAGUGGCAGUCGCGGACGGUGGUAAAGUGGAAUUGAGCGUUUGA